AUGCCAGUACAGAGAACUGCUCGCAGACCCAGAGGGACAGAAGUCCCCCCUUCGCAGACCACACGGCGUCCGCCAACUAGUACAGCUGGCCUCAACCCUACAGCACGUCGGCCGCAGCCACAACAAGCACCGCCCACCAACCAGAGGAAUCAGCAACAUGCGGCGGCUACAGAUAACUCCCGAGACCUGGGCGAUGACUUCGAUCUCGUCCAUGCGCAUUGUCGAGUAGCGAUCAACAAUGCUGAAUUGCAUAACCGACAGCUCACAGCCCGGCUCAACGAGCGACAGCGAGAGAUCGCAGCCAGCAGCCAGCGACUCAGCAGGGAGAAGGCGCAGGCCAGUGUCCAGCUCCACCAGUUAUCCUCGGAGAAACAAAGAGCACUGGAGGAAAGCAGCCGCCUGAAGAAAGAGAUUGUUCAAUUGAACAAUCGGCUUGAUACGGUUGUCAACGAAACCCACAAUCUGAUAUCUCGCACAGAAGUGCAGGAUAUGCUGAAUGAAAUCCACGCCUCAGCCGAGACAUUCAUGAAAUCCUUGACAACCAGAGUGAGCGACAACGAGAAUGUCCAGUUGUCAGGGCAGUUGCCUGCCUCUGAUGUUGUCCAUGAUCCAUGGAUGAACCAAUAUGGCCCACUAGGAGGGACUUCCGCCGCUGGGAUCUCACUACGAGUUUCCGGACAUCGAUAUCGGUGCAUUAUAAAGCUGAAAGGGAACGAAAGGGCCCACUUGGCGGCUGGUCGAGACCUAUUUGAGGAUCGCCAGACCGCGUGGACUUUGCGCAAAGUCCAGCCGGCUCAAGGGAGUCUAACAUCCGACAUUGAUAAGUAUCUGGACUCACAACCGGUGAGCUGGUCCCACCACAUGAUCGGCGAUGCGGACGAAGAAUGGGUCUUGAAAUGGUGGAGGGCUAACGAGUUUAAUUUCCCGCUCAUGGCAAAAGCCGCUCGCGACUACCUAGCGAUCCCCUCUGCAGAGGUCGGCAUUGAACGUGAGUUUAGUAAUGCUAGAGAUGUGUUGGGCCUCCGCAGACACUGUCUGAAUGCGGAGACUAUGCGAUGGUUGAUGCUAUUGAAAGAACGGUAUUCAGCAUAG